UUCAAGGUAUAUCAAAGUUCAAAGUAUGGUGUUCAAUUUUAAUUUUAAUUAUAUAUGAAUUUAUAGGCUUAGAUAUGUUAAUGGUAACCCUAAGGACCGAACGAGACCACAUUGCCACAGAAUGUUUUUCCAAAACUCCAAGUUUUGUAAGUGGAUUAACUUCAGAGAUAAAAGAAUUGUUUUGGUAUCUGACACCAUAUGCAUUUGGAUUAGUACAACCAAAAUUAAACAGCAUAGAUCAAGUUAAAGUCAUAUCACACAUUAGUUUAACAGGCGUUAUUAAUUCUAGAGAAGGUACUUUAAACGUAACUACAACAACAUGCGAGUGCUCGUUUGUAACUAGUAUGUGUCUUCCUUGCCACCACAUAUUCAAAUUGAGGAAGAUUUAUGACCUAUCAUUAUACUGUCCAGAGUUAUGCGCAGAUAGGUGGACUAGAAAGUAUUAUCAGAAUGUAUGUAGGGUAAUUCCUUCAAUGACUGUACCCAACAUGACUGUACCCAACAUCACGGAGCAAAACUGUGUUAAUGUCGUUACUGUAAGCACCAAAAAAAAACGUAUUUAUAAUCAGCAUGAAAAAUUUCAAUACGCAUAUACACAAGCGAAAAGAUUGGCUUCUUUGGCUUCUGAAGCUUCUGGUACAGAGUUUCAAAAACGCUUAAAGUUGUUAAACUUGAUUGCCAAUGCUUGGGAGACAAAUCAAGAAGUUAACCUUGAUGGUUUGGCAUCUCAAGAAUCACUAAACGAGACUGAAGAUUUGAUAAUAAAUGAGCCUGAAGAUUUGAUAAUAAAUGAGCCUGAAGAACUACAGCUACUCAAUGAUUUACCAAUACUACCACCUAGAAUUCCCAAAAGGGGCCGUCCCAAAGGUAACGAUAAAACAGCAAUUGGUAUUCCAAAAAAAAGAAAGAUUGUUUCUGUUGGGUUGGUUUCAUUUCACAAACUACCAUUGAAACUGAAACAAUGUCAAAUGUUGAAAUGGGUGGUAGACGAAGAAUUGACAAUGCUUGCAAUGGAUAAUAAAAAAAUGAUCGGCAAAAAUGACGUAGAACGUAUACCUGAAAGAGUGUCGAAUGCUAUCAUUGAUGACACUAUAGCUUUAGGAGAAAUUAAACGAUUUUUUACAGCAGAUGGAUGGACUGCUGUCCAACAAAUCAUCAACUUUAAAAAGCAACAUCCAUCUUGGUUAUGUCCUGUGUGUUCAGAAGAUUCUUCUUCAAAAUCCAUCUGCUGUAAUCGGUGUUUGGAAUGGUCACAUUUUACAUGUGCAAGAGUCAAUGAAAAUGUAAAAUCAAAACUUUGGUUCUGUAAUAUUUGUAAAUCAGCAGCCAAAUAAUUUUUAUUUAUUUUUAUUUUUUACAACGUGAUUUAUUCAAGAAAUAUGUGAAAUAAAUAAUUGUGGCGCUUAUCAAUUAUGGUAGUUGAUAUCAGUUGUACUAUCAGCAUUAAUAUUACGUCCAAUCAGGGGACAGGACGUGAAAAUACGUGGUUUCACGUCGGACGUGAAAAUAGCCACUGCGUUUUAAUAAUAAUACAACAAUGCAUUAUUUUAUAAUUUUACUAUAGCGAAUAAUAAGUAGAAAUAUUUUUGUUUAUAAAUGACCCAGAAUAUUGCUAUUGAAGCCAAUAAAUAUAAAACACUAACAAAGUUUUUCUUUCUCUGAUGUUUAAUAUUUGGUAGUUUUAUAUUCUUAAAAUUUUCUCGUUCUGACUACGAGAACAGCUGUCUGCAAGCCACCCGUGGAACGGAAAACGACGGCUAAGUGAAACCGUGGCAUAAAAAAUUUAACACCGCUCCGUUUCUACAGUCCGCCAGACCCGUUCCCGUCGAUUCCUUGGCGCGUCCAAUCGCGUGCCUUCACCGCGGCGGC